CAGCGUGAGUUUUGUCCCAAAUGACCCGCCGUACUUCUUUUCAGUUUUACGGCAGCUGUACGUCUACCGUACAGCAAGACAAAGCGUCGCAACUGUGUAGAGGUCACGACACAAGACUAAGUUUUACGGCAGCAAGGCAAAGCGUCGCAACCACCGUGUAGAGGUCACCACACAAGCGUGUAGAGGUCACCACACAAGCGUGUAGAGGUCACCACACAAGCGUGUAGAGGUCACCACACAAGCGUGUAGAGGUCACCACACAACCGUGUAGAGGUCACCACACAACUGUGUAGAGGUCACCACACAAGCGUGUAGAGGUCACCACACAAGCGUGUAGAGGUCACCACACAAGCGUGUAGAGGUCACCACACAAGCGUGUAGAGGUCACCACACAAGCGUGUAGAGGUCACCACACAAGACUAAGCAUGGGCGGCGACCACGGCCACAGCAAGAUGACUUUGCCUGACUGGCGGCAGUGGAAGGUGGAGGGCACACCUCUGGAGUUCACACAGAAGAGGUUGGCAGCCAGGGGCCUCAAGGACCCCUGGGGGCGCAACGAGGCCUGGAGGUUCUCUGGUGGUUUUAAGCAAGCUGUGACUUUCUCUGACGUGCUGCUGAGAGGAUUCAAGUGGGGCUUUGUUGCCUUCACGGUGGCUCUGGCUGUGGAAUACACCUUCUUCCCCCCAAAGAAGGGAGGCCACCACUAAUCUGGCUGUGGAAUACACCUUCUUCCCCCCAAAGAAGGGAGGCCACCACUAAUCUGGCUGUGGAAUACACCUUCUUCCCCCCAAAGAAGGGAGGCCACCUCUAAUCUCAUUAAACCUCUUUCUUUCAA